AUGGCGCACGCGCCCUCGAUGGACUCCACCAACGGCAAUGUGCGGGACGAGGGAGGGUGCCUCGUUCGUCGUCUUCUGCCUGAGGCCGUCGCGGCGGCGCUCAAGGCCGUCACAGGAGGCGCCCUGCAGGCGGCAAACGGAGGCGGCCACGGGCCGCCGUCUCGCGCUCCGAGCGUCGUUGUCCUCGCUGACCAGGACAUUGAAUCUGGACGGGAACGAGACGACGGCGAGCGAAGGUGGUCGGAGGUGAGCGUGUAG